CACUCCAAGGCACCGACUACUUAGUGCCCAUUUGCGCCCUUCAUGUCCUACCACUGCUUGCAUUACAGUAAACUCAAGUAGAUCGUUCCAACAGCGUCAUUAUAAUGCUAUGUCUGAUUUUAGUAAUUCAGCUUGUGCUAUCACUUUUGGGUAUGAAUCAAGUGGCGUUUGCCAUUGGAAAGAUGGUCUGGCUGCAAAGCCGCCCUUUUUUCUGUCCGCGGCGUGUCCGUGGAGAUACAGUAACGCCUCCAACAGCCAAAUUAUGUGAGUCGAGUCUACUGACUCUUCAUAGGGUUCUAGCCUUUCCCAUCAAGCACAGCAAUUGCAAGACGGCUGGUUGAAUUGCGACAAAGGAACAGCAACUGAAAGUAGCAUUCCGAUCGUCCAGUACAUCAUAUGACCCCUGACUCCGACUUCACGAGCCCAGCAUGGCUAGGCCCGAACGCACCCGUCCAUACU